AUGCCAACUUCUGAUCGAGAAAUGCACCUGAAGAGUUCUGCUGGUCGUCCAAAAGGGACGUGUAAGAAUGCUGUUUUACCGUCUUCAAGCGCUGACUUGGUGAGGGAGAGUGGCAAUAUGGCCGCUCAAACCGCCUUUAACGGCCACGUGGAAAAUCCCACUGAAAACGGCUACACUUUCAGUGCGUCGCCUCUUUACGAAUCCAAGCCUCGUCUUUGACAAUGGUAAGAUGGUUUUCGUGUUUGAGUAGUUAUUUUGAGUGCCAUCUUAUAAUGAAAAACGUUUAGAAAGAACGGUUAUUUCCAUUCAGCCCAAAAUUCCGGAAAUGUCGGUUAGGAAUCAAAUGGAACGGACCGUUUCGUUCGGUCCGACCGGAAUAUUUGGGAACACCUUUGCAGACCGGUCCGGUCUUUUCGGUCGUUCCGACCGAAAUUUCCCUUUCCAUUUGACAAAAUUGUUGUCCCUAGUACCGCUGGGUCGGUGUCCAUACCCCCUCCCCCUCCCCCCACCGGUUGAGGACAUAUUGUCUUCUUACCUCUAAAGAUUUAAUUAUUUAAUUGCAAUCACCCUUGAAGACUGGAAUGCAUUCUAAGAGGGCCAGAUUUCAAAAUUUUUCCAAAAACUUGUGCCCUCAAGAAGUGCUUUUGCCACCUUUUUUUUUCUUCUCCACUAGCCUGCGAAAACAUCCGUUUCUCCUCGCUCUUCGCCACUAGGGACAUUUCACGCCAAGGAACGUCUGCCACUCAGGGGCAGAAAUUUCAUUACUGAUGAUGCAAAUCAAUGUUUACAUAAGAAAUCCGGUGGUCAUGGGGUUCCAAAUAUAUUUUUGUCCAAUCUUACAUGUCUUCUGGUUGUUUUUGGGAAAGUGCUGUGUUUGUGUGCCAAUGAGCUCCAGCAAAACUCAAAUGCUUCUUCUAGAGAACACUAUAUUCUACCAAUAUUGACUGUUUUGUUAGAGAUUCUUCACGUUUACAUUUGACCUUUGUGGCGUUUUGUCUUUUGUCUGUCAUUCGCAAACAAUAGCUCAAACAAUGUAACUACUCCAUCGACCAAUCAGCACUUCUGACGGGAUUCCGGACAGAUUUUAUGUCAUCGGUAUGGAAUUUCUGUUGCUGAGUCGCAGACGUUUCUCCGCGCGAAAUGUCCCCAGUGGCGAAGAGCGAGGAGAAACGGAUGUUUUCGCAGGCUACUUCUCCACCAACUGCAAAGCUUCUACCACCUACUUAAAAUCUUAUUGAAAACCCUGGGUUUGACGGGCUAAUCUGAAAAACCAUUUGUGGGAGGGGUAUGGAUAUUUUCUCGACUGACACAAUUGAAAGUUUGUUCUAUACCCUACUUAUGUUGUACAUGUUAUACAAUCUAUCUUUCAAUUUUAUGUUCAGGUCAAAUAUCGUACAUUACCCAGUGCUCGAACUUAACGGUCGUCCACUCAUCCAAAACGAGUAAAAAUUGCCCAAAACGAGUAGGUUUUUUUGCCACUAGUCCUGUGGACGAGUAAAGUUACAGUACCCCGAUAAAUAAUUGCUUUUGUAUCUUGCUGAAAGGGGCUAAAAGUGUCAAAGCAGAUAAAGAAUUUCUGAAAGCGAAUGCUUCGAAAACGUCGAGCAAAAAUCGCUAGGCGUUUCUGGCCUGGCAGGUAAGAGUCUGGGUUCUACGCUGAGAUUAAAUGGAUUGUGGGAUUCAAUAUGGCGGCUUCCCGCGUUUGCCAAAUGAUCGAUGUUGAUUGAAUCUCUAUUUUCUUUCAAAACACAACUUCUUGAAAUGUCCAAACGAAAAAAAGUUCAAUGCUCACUGAGUUCUUUCUUCGGAGGAAAGCAAAAUCAAGAAAGCAACACAACACCAGCACCGCCUGCUGCAACUCCGAUAAAGAAAACACGUUGAUGGUGGUUGAGAUUUGUCUGGCAAUGGCAGUGUCCUCAUCUUGCUGUGAAAGGGGAUUCUCUUGUAUGGGGCGACUCAAAUCAGAGUAUCGAAACUCACUUGAUGUUGAAACUGUUGACAUGCUCAUGAACAUCUGCCUCAAUGGUUCAAGUCCCGAGGACUUUACAGCUGAAAGGGCAAUUUUGCAUUGGAACCAGGCAUCACAAAGAAUGCGAAGGCCUUGCUUAAAGGAUUGAUGACCUAACUUAAGCCUAAGACAGCAAUGAAGUUGAUAAAACUGCUGCUAUUCUAUUUAUGUUGCAACUAUGGCCUGUAACUGGGAAGAAUUAUAAUUGUAAUACACUUAUCAUUGUUGCUAUGUAUCACUAAAAAGAUACAUGUAAAUUGUUGUGUUUAUUUGAUCAUAGUGUGGCAUUUACAUGUUUUUACCUACACACACAAAUUAAAUACGUGCAAAAAAAAAUGUAAAGGGUGACCAGUAACUUUGCUCCUGGGACCAGUAAAUUCUUAGCCUACUGGUCCAGUGGAAGACCAGAGCUAAAAGUUAAGUUCGAGCACUGUUACCAUAACCAAAAACACAGAUUACCUAUUUUGACCAAUGACGUACGUUUUUGAGUUAGUAUUGUUAAAAUGUGAUGUGUAAGAUUACAGGAAAUUUGAUCAGCUGGUGAUAAUUGCCGAUAUUUUGAUGUCCUACAGGGGUCUUCCACCUUGCCUCCCCAAAAGGCCAGGAGCAUCUUGUCGAGAGCCCGCUGGAGGACCAAUCAUCCAGCUUUUGGUCAACAGAUCCUGCUUGGGGUCAAAGCGACCAUAGAGAGCUGUUCUUUGACCAAGUGGCUGAACUCGAGCAGUUGAUGUCUGGGGAGAAUUGCAGGGAAAUUGUUUUUCAGAAGUCUUGGCCUGUUAAUGGAGCGUUGUCUCUUGGUAGUGCUCAAAAUAAGCAGGAUGUUCAUGGUGGCUUUGUAGAAUUGUCAGAUGGUGAAGAAAAUUUAAAUGCCAGUGGACUUAGUCGUGCUGAUCCUGGAAUAUCUUGUGUGCAAAGCUCAGAAGAGAAUCCUCCUCCAGAACAACAAGCCCUUGAGCACUCACCAGCAAGUUUGCAAAACAAUGAGUCAAUGCUGUUUGAUCAAUCACAAGAUUCUCCUUCCUCUGUAGGAAGCUCUUGCAGUGAUGAAGCCUUUGAAAAGAGGAUCAGGAACAAUGAGGCUUCCAGGAAGUUUCGCCGUGCAAGGAAGGAAAGACACAAAACUUUGUUUGCUAAGGCAACUAAAUUGGAGAAGGAAAACUGGUCAUUGAAGCUUCAGGUGAACGAGAUGAUGAGAGAAAUUGCUUCCUUGAGGUCCAUGCUUCCAAAGAAUAUUAAUCAUGUUUCAUUUGUUUCAUAA